UUGCACGCCUUUCAAUGUGGACUCUGUGACUUAUUUAGCUUUUCAUGUUGCCCGUGGCGUUGAGUCUUCAAAAUGUGGAAUGGAAUCUUACAAGAAAAUGCAUAUAAUGAGCUCAAGAAGAAGAAGAAGUAGCAGCAGAGAUCACACAUAGGAGUGAGUGAAGAUGAGGCGAAUAACAAUGAGCAGCAACACAUGGGCUCUCUGUAUGCGAAGCUUCACUACUACCCAUCUAAGAGCUUGGAGUAGUGCUACUGUUUUUCAGAACAGAUUUAAACAUACAUUUCCAAAGGGAAACAAUGAUAAAGUUACUCACAGCUUAGAAGCAAGGGAAAAUCUGCAACUGGAAGAUGUCAAUCUGGUGGAGAACUCUAAUAAUGAGUUUAAGAGGGCAUCAAAAGGUGGGACCAUGAGACAAACCCAAAGGUUUUCAACUGUAAGCAUCGAUCCCCAGACAGAAGAAGUGAUGCUGCUAUUAUGAGUGUGAAACCUCCAGACCCUCCAGGCCCAAAUACAGGUGAUGGCCCACAUCAUGAUUAGUAACCAGAUUGUGAUAUGUAAGAGGAGAAUAAAGAAAAUAUGAAAAGUAUAGUAAAUUUAUGCAUAGAUUAGGGCUAGUGAAAAUGUUGUGUUUUGAAGUGCCCUGGUGUUGGGACACAGAAAUAAAAGUAGUACUAGUGGUUUGCUUUAUUGGUAUGAGAGGUUUCUACUGUAUCAGACCAAGAGACUAAGAUAGUAGUAUGAUAAUAUGACUACAAUAUGUUUUGAAGUCUAAUAUAAUGAAUUGUCAUACAUUAAAAGCUGAA